CGGCGUAGCACGGCAACACCCAGGUCCAGAGGCUGGGCAGUUCACGCCAAUAAACGAACCACGUCGAUCGCAUCGGGCCCCCCCUCCCGUCCCCCAGAAGCAGCAACGCAACCACCGACAAGCGAAGCUCUUUCGACACCGAGGGCGACUAGUCUUCUCUCCCUGCUUCAACAGCCCAUCGACGAUUGCGUAACACCAGGCUUUCCUCGUUUCGCCUCGAGGAGGGCGCAGUGCAUCCCCGUUACCAGACGCAAAUGGACAUAGACGUUGACACGGCCAAGGGAGCAACAAUGGCUGCGACAACGCCAGCAGAGAAGCCGACAACUGCUUCCGCCCCUCAGCAGCAGCAGCAGCAGCAGCAGCAAAGCCAUCACCAGCAGCAACAACAGCCGACUCGACAAAAAGUAGUUCAGCCAAAGCAGCAACCUCCACCGCUGCAACCACAACCGCAACCACAGCCGCAAUUCAACUCACAAUCGCCGACUCAGUCGAGACAGUCGCAGUCGCAGUCGCCAGCACCGUCGCAAGCGCAAUCCCAGGGCCAGCAGCCACCAUCGGCGUCGACAGCCACGGGCACAUCAGCCGGCCAUAUGAGUUUCAGGAGACAACGAGCCUCUCGAGCUUGCGAAGUAAGUUGCAAACGUGUAUUUUAUAAGUUUCUGAGGUCCUCUCCCCGCAAUGGGCCCCCAGCCCCAAAAGAUACAUAAAGAGCAGAGACCACUGGCGGGAUGCGACUCGUUG